AUGGCAGAAAUCCCUGACAUAAUGGGACAUGUUGGAGAGCUAGCUCAACCUUUACACAUUCAAAGGCUGCACAAAAGUCUUGUUUUGCAACCUUUUUUGAACAGUGUAGAGAAAGUGUUCAAGCAUACACAGAGUGAUGACUCUGAUUCUGACAUUGAUGUAAAUGAUUACAAGUUUAAAAAAAAAGGGGAAAAACUUGUAAAUGGGAUUCCAACAACUACAGAAGAAAGAAGGUCUGAUAAGAUGAGACUUUUUAAUUUUACUAAUAUCCAGGCUGACAGAAAGUGGUUGCAUGAUGUUCUUAUCAGUGAUUCAUCUGGGUCUUCCGAUGAAGACAAACCAAUCACAGAUGAAUAUUUUCAAGAAAUGCUAAGGCAGCAUGUUGAGGAAAAAAAAUAUAGAAAAAGGGUACAUGCCAAGCCUGAAUAUCAUCGAUAUCAGUAUUAUGGGACUGGACUCUUAUCUAAUUAUGACAAGUAUCCAGAACAUCAAAAAUCUGUGAUAGGUUUUAAAAAAGUCGAAGGAGGGAAAAACAAAAAAAAAUUAAGCAAAUCAUUUGUAGAUGGGCUUAAAAGUAGGAAACCUAAAAAAGUUAUAAAAAAAGAAUGUAAUCUUAAUGACAGUUUGGAUCAAGAUAGCAUUCAAAAAGAUGACAAACUUAGCCUAUUGGAUGAUUACAAAGAGGAGUCUGAAAAAUUAAGAUCUCUGCCAGGUCAAGGAAAAAGUUCGAGAAGUAAAAAAAAAACUGAUAAACUUAAAUCACCUGAAGUUAUGGCUAUGAGAAGAAAAAAACUUUGGGCCGUUAUGUCUAAAAAAGAAGUAGCUAAGGGUCAGCGCUCCAAAGCGAAUAAUCAUAAGGAAGUAAUAUCAUUGUGCAAGAAAAUGGCGCAAUUAUGCAUAAAACAUUGGAAACAAAAAGCAUUACAAUCACAGAAAAACAUGAAAGAAACAGUUUGGAGAAAUAAAAGACUUACUAGAGAAAUGCAAGCUUAUUGGAAAAGAUACGAAAGAGUUGAAAGAGAUACCAGGAGGAGGCAAGAAAAAGAAGCAGAGGAGCAAAGGAAAAUGGAUGUCGAGUUGAUGGAGGCAAAGCGGCAGCAGAGAAAGUUAAAUUUUUUAAUUACUCAAACAGAACUCUACGCUCAUUUUAUUUCAAAAAAACUUUGUGGUUCUGGUUUUAACGAGCAGCACAGAAUAUUGAGCCAGUUGGAUGAAGAAAAAAAUCCCAGGCUAGCCUCUAUCGACGAUUAUAACAGCGAAGAAAUGAAAGCAAAAGCAACGAAGAAUGUUGAGGAGGCAUUUAAUGCUGAAAAAGUUAGAAGUAGUCAGUUUGAACAUUCUAGCGUUUCAAGGGAAGGAGACGGUGAAUUUAACGACGAACGUCCUCAACCGUUAAUGUUUAAGGGUAAUUUAAAACAUUAUCAAUUGAAAGGAAUGAAUUGGCUUUCAAACUUGUACGAUCAAGGUAUAAAUGGGAUUUUGGCCGAUGAAAUGGGUUUAGGGAAAACUGUUCAAUCCAUUGCAUUUUUAUGCCACAUAGCGGAAAAAUACUCUGUUUGGGGUCCGUUUUUAAUUAUAUCUCCAGCUUCUACUCUUCAUAAUUGGCAACAAGAAAUGGAAAGAUUUGUUCCAGAUUUUAAAGUAGUUCCCUAUUGGGGAAACGUUCAAGAGCGAAGAAUUUUACGGCAGUUUUGGGAUCAAAAAGACCUUCAUACUAAAGAAGCAAGUUUUCACGUUGUCAUAACUAGUUACCAACUCGUGAUUACCGAUUUUAAAUAUUUCAAUCGUAUCAAGUGGCAAUAUUUAAUAUUGGACGAAGCGCAAGCCAUUAAAAGUUCCAACAGUAUGCGUUGGAAACUUCUUCUCGGGUUUAGUUGUCGGAAUAGAUUACUUCUUAGUGGUACUCCAAUUCAAAACUCAAUGGCUGAACUAUGGGCGUUACUUCAUUUCAUUAUGCCAACUUUAUUUGAUAAUCACGAAGAAUUUAGUGAAUGGUUUUCUAAAGAUAUCGAAAGCCAAGCGGAAAACAAAUCUAAAAUAGAUGAAAAGCACUUAUCUAGACUUCAUUUAAUAUUAAAACCUUUUAUGUUAAGAAGAAUUAAAAAAGACGUAGAAAACGAAUUAUCGGAUAAAAUAGAAAUAAUGGUAUAUUGUCCGCUGACCAUACGUCAGAAAUUGUUAUAUUCUGGAUUGAAAAAGAAAAUUCGUAUAGAGGAUUUAUUAGCUGGCAUCAGCGGAAGAGGUGGAACAACUGGUGAAGAUUCGGGAAAUAAAAAUGUGGCAUCUAGUUUAAUGAAUUUAGUCAUGCAAUUUAGAAAGGUUUGCAAUCAUCCUGAAUUGUUCGAGCGUAGAGAAGCUAGAUCUCCAUUGUAUUUAAAUUGCAAUGAGUAUAUCAUUCCAAAAUUAAUCUACGAGGAUGGAAUGUUGCAUAAAGCAAUUCCUAGCGUUAAUCACUUAUUGUACAAUAAAUUUAGUAUAUUUGCGAUUGAAUGGAUGUUUAAAUCUCUUUUCUCAGAAAGUAAAGAAAAUGAAUCUGUGUCAACACGAUGCGAUAGUUUUUUCUCAUUUUUGAGAUUUGUAGAUAUUUCCUUUCAAGAAUUGAAAAAUAUGCUUUUAAAGGGAAUCUUAUAUUUUUGGAUUUACUCAUAUAGAUCUCAUAAAUUAGAAGAACUUGUUUACUACCGUUCUAUUUGGAAUAAUUUUAAACCAUCUAAUAAACGUCUUUUAAUUAGUCCGGAAAGUAGCACUUCUUUUCCUUCUAUUUCUUCCAGUCCAGCUUUGAACGAUUUGGUUUUUACCAGGCACGUGGGGGAUCGCAGUACAGUUUACACUCACACUAAACAUAUCCAUCAUUCAAUGGCUGAAACUUUGCAGCACAGAGUUAUGCGAAGUCAAAAGAUAAAAUCUAAUCAAACUGAAUCAACGGCAGAAGCGGAAACGGUCGAACCCGAAUCAUCUGAUUGGUCGAAUGAAGGCAAAGGAAAGGCGAAAGUUUGUAAGAGUCCGACCAAAGUUAAUCAAAAAAUUACCAAUGUUUCGGAUGAUAGUUCAAAAAAUUUUAUCGUCCCUGAAUUCCCGUAUGUAAAACGGCCUCCCAGAAUUUACGAGUGUGUGCCGACUCAAAUGCCCGAGUUUCUUUUUGUACCUAAUCUUAAGAUUCAAGCCAAAUCAAGAAUUCAGUAUUCUAGUUGUAGAAAUUCAGCUUGGAAUUGGACCAAACACCUUCUAUGUUCCGGUAAGGAAGGUUGGGAAACUGUCUGGUACGGUCAUCCAAUUCUAGCAGAACUUUAUCGCGAAAGAAAUUUAAAAUUUCAUUACCUGCCCGUCGGUGGGCUAAUAGCGGCUGAACCAAAGUCCGGUUGGUCAAAUAUAACAAUUCCUGACAAACAAACUAUGGUUGCUGAUGCUGGAAAGCUUUACGUACUCGAUGGCCUUCUUAAAAGGCUUAAAGAAGGAGGACACAGGGUUUUAAUUUAUUCCCAAAUGACUAGAAUGAUAGAUUUAUUAGAAGAAUAUAUGUGGCAUAGAAAGCACACGUACAUGAGGCUUGAUGGUUCAUCUAAAAUAUCAGAAAGGAGAGAUAUGGUUGCCGAUUUUCAAUCUCGUGCCGACAUAUUCGUUUUUUUGCUUUCGACAAGAGCUGGAGGUCUUGGUAUUAAUUUAACCGCUGCCGAUACCGUUAUUUUUUAUGACAGUGAUUGGAAUCCGACGGUCGAUCAGCAGGCUAUGGAUAGAGCUCACAGGUUGGGACAAACAAAACAAGUAACGGUUUAUAGAUUGAUAUGCAAAGGAACGAUAGAAGAAAGGAUAUUGCAAAGGGCGCGAGAAAAGAGCGAGAUUCAAAGAAUGGUUAUCAGCGGAGGAAAUUUCAAACCCGAUCAUCUCAAACCAAAGGAAGUGGUUUCAUUGUUGUUGGAUGACGAAGAAAUCGAAAAAAAAUGUAAGAUUUUUCAAGCUGAAAAAAAAUUGGCGGAUGAAAACAAGCAAGACACAUCAAAAAAUGACAAAAGACGAAAAAUAAAAACGGAACCGUCGAAUGCCACCACCGCCGAACCCGGAGGUAAAAAAAUAAAAUUAGAACCUUUAGAUGAUUCUUUGCUCAGCGUGGAUUCGACUCCUCAAAGUCCUACGAGGAGUGAUUACUCAUUGGGUAGCGGAGCAGUCCCACAGGAUGAAACGAGUAAUGAUGGUUUCGUCGUCGAUGUGGACAGUCCCGCCGGUUAUACUUCCGGUUUGAAUACAAGCAAUAAUCCGUACAAUAAUCCAUUGGGAAUCGGAUCGCUCAAAGUGAAACCUGUGUCUAGAGGAUCAAGGAGGGGUCGUCCGCGUGGUCUAAGGAGAGGAAGUUGCAAUUCGGUAUCGAAAAGGUAUACGGGAGGAAUCAAAUUACCCGGAGAAAUGUUCAUAAGCGGUGAAAGUCCGGAAACUCCGGUCGAAGCGGCACCCCCUACGAAACGUGGCAAAAAUUUAAGUUGUAGCAUUUCUGGAAAUUUAAAAAGGGGUCCGGGUAGACCGCGUAUGAAACCUUUCAUGCCGGGAAAUAGAGGAACGAGAGGUCCUUCGAGAACGAGUAGGAAAACUACGGCACCUCUUCAGGUACCGAUUUCGAGAUCGUCGGAACCUUCUUCGCCAGCCGCCGCCACCGCGAGUUCCGGUAUCGAUACUCCAAAACCAUACGGAUUUUACAUGCCAUGUUCCAGCGGUCCGGAAUAA